UGACACAGCCCGUGGGGUCCUGGGGCCAGCGCUGACCUCGGACAUGUACAGUCCAUGCGAAAUGCAUCAUUGAGCCUCGCUGCCUGUUCAGUGUUACGCGGCAUGGGUUUAAAAUUUCUUUCUUCUGAGAUACACAACAUUUCUCUAAAGAGCACAGAGAGAAGGAAUGAAGCUUUCAGCAGAGCUGGAGGGAUACUUUCAGUAGAGCUGCUCUUCAUGUGUGUAGGCAUGUUUCUGAAGGUGGCCAGCAGGUAUUUGUAGCUCAAACCAGAGUGAGCCAGGACUGUGACACUGGAAGACAAUGGGCUCUAAAACUGAUGUGCAGAACACAAAUCUUACUGGCCUUUGCAUCUUCAGCUUGGCAGGCUCCCACUGAAGCAGUUCUCUUGGGAACUGCUGUGCUAAAAUACUUCAGGAAAAUAGGAGGCAUCUCUUACAUGGUCAGGCAAGAUGAGCAGUGUCUCUAAGCGAACAUUACUAUUAAUAUGUACUUUAAUGAGUGCUGUAGGCCUUGCCCAUACCCAGUGCAUCUCCUUCAGGCACAAGUGUUUGCCAUGAGCUGCCAGGCAAGGACUUGAGCUGCCGUGAAAGCAGCACUUGGACAGGAGAGCUGCUGUAGUGCAGCAUAUUGUGUUGUGUGAGUGAUUUGGUGGUUUGUGAGUGGUUUGGUGAUGAUGAGAAUGCUCUUCUGCAGUUCUAACUAAAGUGAUUCUGGCUACCUUCAUAGGCAUCUGCUUUUAAAAUCAGAUUCUCCUUAGUAUAAGUGAAAGGGGUUCUAUCAGCCCUCAAACAAAAUUAGAGUAUAGAAAUUAGGAAUAAAAUCUUCAAGCCUUCUCUUCAACUUUGUUUUCAGCACAGUAGCUGCUUCAUGCUGCUCUCACAUGGGAACUGCACAUGUUAAGUGUGAUUGCCACAGAUGUGGAGAGAGGUGAAUUUAUUUCCCAAAUUCAGAGAACCAGUGUAAGUACUGGCACCAACCCUGAGGGUUUCUUGGCUCCCAGCUGUAGACAACACUAUUUUUUGCUUGCAUGACUUGUGUGUACAGGACUCAGUAAUUUAUCUGUGUUCACACCAGUGGCAUCUGCAAGGAAGAAGUGACCUGUGCACACCGAAGGCACUGAACAUGUUUAUCAAGAGCUCAGGUGGUGGCCCCUCACCUACCUGUCUUCCUCUUCUUGUUGCUUGGAGCAUUACUUCUUUUUUUUUUUUCUUUUUUUUUUUAAAUAACACUACUUUCCACCCUCAAGUCAAAUAGCCCUAGUCAGGGACUGAGGAAUUCGAUUUUUCUGAGUAAUUGUUUUGGGCCAUCUCUUGACUAUGGCAGCCAAAAGCUGCAUGUCCUACUCCCCUUUUGUUAUUUUUGUUGGUGCUAUCCAUGGCAAUAAGGGCUCUUGUGUGUCUGCAUGAUGCCUCAGAGGGAUGCCAGUGCUUGUAAUUCUUCUUGCAUGGCAAUGACUAACAUGGGAAAGGAAUCUGAUCCACAGAAACCUAACACUGGUAUUUCACAAGCUGACCUCACUAAUUUCUGAGUUUGUUUUUUGAGUAAAACUGUAUGGUUUUCCAAAGGACAACUUUAGUCUGGCUUUUGCAGCUACCUGUUGACUGUGGUUUCAGUAUCUUGGGGCUUGCCUGCAAAUUAAUUAAAAUAGUGUAUGAGCUCCAUGAAGAGCCUGCAUGAGUCUCCCUGUUGUCCUGUCCUGCUCGCUCUGCUCUGUGCAACUGCACUUGCAAUCCAUAGCAAUGGUACAAUGGAAAAGGAAGCUGAAAAAAGUUUUUAGCUUGUUCCUUUAGAUCCCCUUUAAAAUGGACUGUUGGGUGGGCCAGCUUUUUCUUUCCCAAGUGUUAUUACAAUCCAUUUAUACUGGGGAAGAAGCAGGUUUGCUGCCAGGCUGCAUAUUUUCCAUCGACACUUGUAAUUGUUGGGUGGCGGAGAGAGGUAGAGACUCUGGUUUCCAGGCUGGAGGGAGAGAGCGUGGCCAGGGUGUACACUGGGCAGCACUGUCAUGUGCCCAGUAAUGAAUUCCAGGUUUUGCAGGGAUGUGGGCUCAGCUAUGUAAGCAAAACCUUCUGCCUGCUCACUCCUUGGAGCGGGCAGGGAGGCAGGUGGCCAACCUUCAAACAGCUUGAGGGAUGGAGAGCUGGCCUGGGGUGUAGCUGCAGCAGGGCUCUUUAUUUAGCUUGGUUAUACUUACACAUACACAUGGGCCAUGCAAAGUUGGCUGAGCCAACCUUGACCAGCAGCAAAACAAACAGGUUUUACUGCCAUGACCUGAAGGCCAGAUCAGCCACUGAGCUUCACUGGAGCAGGGACAGCUUUCAUUUCUGUCAAGAAGAGGAGGCUCUCAUGUAGGGCUGACUCAAAACAAACGUUGUGCUUCUUUGUUGGGUUGCUCAGUCUACCUUAUGGAAGCAGUGUUAAGAAGGUUUAUGCAAGACAAAGGUGAUUUGAGGUAGCCAGCAUGGCUUCACUGAGGGCAAAUCAUGCCUGACCAAUCUGCUGGCCUUCUAUGAUGGAGUGACUGUAAUGUUUGGCAAGGGAAGACAUUGAUGUAAUUUACCUAGACUUCUGUAAGACCUUUGACAUGAUUCCAUAUGAUAUCCUCAUCUCCAAAGUGGAGAGAAAUUAAUUGGAAGGAUUCAGUGGGUUAGGAUCUGUAUGGAUGGAUACAUCCAGAGAGUUGUGGUCAUGGGCUGUGUGAGUGAGUCAGUGGUGUCUCUAUGGGACUGGUGCUCUUUAAUACCUGUGUCAGUGGCAUAGUGAGAUCAAGUGCACCCUCAGCAGCUUUGCAGAUGGCACACAGCUGAGUGGUGCUGUUGGCACAACAGAGGGAAGGGGUGGCAUCCAGGGAGACCUGGACAAGUUUGAGAGGUGGGCCCAUAAGAAUUUCGCUGCACCUGGGCAGCCCCAGAUAUGAGAACAGACUGGGAGAACUCAUUGAGAGCAGCCCUGUGGAGAAUGUUUUAGGGUCUCUCCAAAUGAAAAACUGGACCAAUGCAGCAAUGUGUGCCCAUAGCCCAGAAAGCCAAACGUGUUCUGGCCUGCAUCCAAAGCAGCAUGGGUAGCAGGUCAAGGGAGGGGAUUCUGCCCCUCAACUCCACUCUGCUGAGACUCUACCCACAGUGCUGCAGAAAGGACAUGGAACUCUUGGAGCAGGUACAAAAGAGGCCACAAAGAUGAUCAGAGGGUUGCAGCAUCUCUCCAAAAUGAAAACUGGCUGAGAGAGUUGUUAAGCUUGGAGGUUCUGGAGAGACAUCAUUGCGGUCUUCCAGUACUGAUAAGGUUCAGUCAAGGUCUCUCCAACAUCUGUAAACAUAGUUGAGGGAGAUCCUAACUUUUGAGAUUUAAAAUUAUCUUACCAAGUGAAUUGUAUGUCCCAUAGCAACAAUUCCUGCCCAGCAUUUAAUAGCUCCUUUCCUCUAAGCAGACACACCUGCUCUACCUCACUGGCCCUGAGCCACCAUGAAACCAGACAUUGCAGGCCCUGAGGGUUUACAAAUAUCCACUGGGAUAUUACAGUGCAGAUCCAGACCUUUGGGGCUUGGGGUGUCUUUCUCCUGUGUUCAGCAGUCUGUGCUGCUGCUGCUGGUGUGGCACUGAUUGAGCAGAGACAGGCAUCAGCAGCCCUGCAAGAUGGGAGGGCUGGGUAGAGCCCAUUUGCUCAGUCUGGUCUCACAGUGGAAGAUGGAAAUAGAGAAGUGAAACUCUAGAAGUGCACACAGUCUGGUCAAAGCAGGUAUGUAGGAGGAGGGAGGUGAAUUGAAGGAGUUCAAGAGAGCAAGGAUGCAUCAACCUAAUGCUGAGCCCUUAAAAUGGGCUUAAAGCUCAGCUCAGCCCACACUCAGCCCACUCAUCAGGCUUUGGAUGAAGACAGUGGGAAGGUUUGAAGUGGUGGUAGCUGGAAAUGAGGGUGGUGCAUUCCUCCUCCCCAGCCCAUUUAUGCACAGCUGGGUAAUGUCUCUGUUGUCUGCCUGCAACCAGCUUGUUGAGUCUUCUCCUCUUUCUGGUUGGGGGCCUUUGUUUCCUGUUGCAUAUAAAAUUUCUUCACUUCUCUAUCCUAAAAUAUUGUAGUUUAUCUUUUGCGGUUCUGUGUUUCACAUCUUCCUGUGUGCUUACAUUUGCUUCCUGCCUCUUCUGUUUUCUGUUUCUCCCAUUAGCUCUGUAAACCCAACUCCCCGAGCAAGUAUUUCUACCUUACAAGCUGCUUACUGCUGCCUUUUCUAGACAAACCAAUCCCAGACAAAACUGUCCCAGCCCUUGCACUUAUGCAGCUGCUCAUUUGACCCUAAUCCAUUUUAAAAGAAGAGUGCUGGUGGGUGAGAAUGGAGUCAGAGGAGGGAGGUCCUUGCUUGCUGACACAUCUACAAGGCUGAGAGACCCACGGUGUGAUCUAUGCACUUUCCCAUGGGAGAAGCAGCAUUUCAACUCUUCCCUGAUCAGCUCAAACUGAUUAUUUCUGGUCUUUCGAGCUUUUAUGAUCAUUUUAUUAGGUAAGGGGGUGAGUUAAUCUCUCUUUUAAUCAAUCUGUAAUUUAGAUAACUGCAUUAUGUACCCAUCUUCUGCCUGCACUUCCUCAUUCAUUCUCUUUGUGUUUUGCAGACUUCCUGGCUGUGCUUCAGUGGCGGGUGACUGAAUUUAGUCUUCUCUGCAUCAGGGUGAUAGCAGUAAUGCAAAGUUUAAUGAGCACCUGCAAAGCUGUGUAGCAGAGGGUUUGGUGAUGAGUGGUGAGCUGAGGAGUGGGAGCAAAUGGUUCCCACGCUGUCUGCAAGGAGGUGAAGUAGCUCCCUAAGACAAGAUACCACCUGCCUGUGCCAGGAUCCCAGCAGGAAUCUAAACAGCUUGUUUUGGAGAAAGCACAUCCAGUGAUAAGGAGGCUUUCCUGCAGGGAUGCCCGUGGGACUCUUCCGGGUGUGCCUACUGGUGAUUACAGCUAUUGUCAACCACCCGCUCUUCUUCCCUAAGGAGAAUGGCACCGUCCCCGAGAACACAGAAGAAAUCAUCCAGAAGAUGAAGGAGCGGGAGGAGAGCCUGCGGCUGGAGCAGUUGCGCUUGGAGCAGGAAAUCGCAGACCAGGAAGCCACACAGAAGGCUCUGGAAAAGGCUGCAGUGGUAGUGGAGGAAAGCAAAGAAGAAAAGGUCCGAUGGGAUAUGUGGACUGCCCUCUCCAUGGUCAUCUUCCUGCUGAUCGAGCUCUGGAGGCAGGAUUUCCAGGAAGGGAAUUGGCAGGACAUAGGAGGAGAAGAGGAUGACAUGGCAGUCCUGGGGAAGGCAUUUAAAGGAGUGGCCUUCCCUGACAAGGCUGUCCUGGCCAGCUUCUAUGAGAAGCGUAUCCUGGGUACCACCGGAGACAUGGCCAGGAUGCGGGAGAUGGUGGAAGGCUUUGCAGAUGACCUGCUGGAGGCCUUGAGGAGUGUUUGUAACCGGGAUGCUGACAUGGAAGUGGAAGAUUGCAUGGGUGUGGGGAGCAUGUAUGAGAAUUGGAGAGUGCGUAAACCCUUCGUCUGUGAUCUGAUAGUGCCUUUUGCCCCCCCAGAGCCUUACUGCUUUUGCUGCCAGACCUGGUGCUCUGGUGACUCUUUUCCCCCAGAUGAACAAGGUUAUGGCACUAUCAAGGUGUGCAGGGCAGAUGAGGAUGCGACGGGUUGCAUCUGUGAUAAGACUAAAUUAGGGGAAGAUAUGCUGUGCCUCCUCCAUAGCCAGGUCAGUAGUACCAGGCCCAGCAGUGAGAUGGAAGACCUCCUGUGUUUCAAAAAUACUCAAUAUCUGGAUGCCAACCAAGUCAUGAAGUGGUUCCAGAUUGCCGUCACCAAGGCCUGGAACAGAAUCUCCCACAAAUAUGAAUUUGACCUUUCCUUCAGCCUCCUGGACUCACCAGGAGCCCUGAAGAUAAAAUUUAAAUCGGGGAAAUCGAUUGCCUUCAACCUCACCCCUGUGGUGCAGUAUGAGAACUCUGACGUUUACUUCAUCUCCCACUUUCCCCGGAGCAGCCUGGCAGCAGACACCCCCUCCAGCACCCACUGGUUUCUCACCUUUGCAGUGUAUGAGAGGAGGUUCAUCCAGCUGGUCUCCAAAACACUGCCUGCCAAUGCCUGCCACGUCAGCUGCCUUCAGAUCCUCUCCUUCCUCCAUGGGAAGCAAUGCAGCCUCACAGGUCCCAGCGGGCUCACCAACUACCACCUGAAGACAGUGCUGCUGCAUCUCCUGCAGGCACGUCCCAGUCAGGACUGGGCCCCAGAAAAGCUGGAGGUCCGCCUUCAGGACAUGCUGAAAUUCCUAGAGAAAUGUUUGCAUGAAAAGAAGCUUUAUCACUUCUUUAUUGGCAAUGGGAAGAUACCAGCAGAGCUGGGUUUCCCCGUCAUAUUUCAGAGGGCUGAGCCUCUCAACCUUUUCCGUCCCUUUGUGCUACGCAGGGACAUUUACAGGAAGAUGGUGGACACGUUCCAUGAGAUGCUGAGGAACAUGUCUGCACUGAUAAAUGAGUACACAGUGCACGUUCCCCUUCCACACACCAAUGGGAUCCGUAAGGAACCCCUUUAACCAAAGCCAAACUCUAAGCACAAGUCCAGAGGCAACUUCCUGAAGCCUCCUAGGGGCAUCUGACUUUGCCAAUAGAGCUUCUUGUCUGGAGCUGAACCAGCCCUGGGCCAUGGUUCCUGCUGAAAGGAAGAGGCUAUGGGGGGAGAAUAGGGGGAAACUGGAAGAUGUGGUGUUGAAGUAGGUUUCUGUUCCACUGCUGUGCUUGGUUUUAUGCAGCUAAGAAUAUAUUUUUUCUAUUGUGCCUCAGUCAUGCUACAGCAGCAAAUAUAAGUAAUUUAUUCAGAUGCCUGCAAUGCAAAUGGGGAUGGGGGUGUGAUGGUGGCCAAAUACUUCAUUUCCUUCAGAAGGGGGAGAUAAAAACAGGGUGGGGGAAUAAGGGGCAUGAUCUUGGGAUCAAAGGAGCCUGUCUGCUUCCAGACAGCAGGAGUUCUUUCACCAGUGGGAAGUGCAACAAGUCUACAUGCUGGUGUGGAGAGGAGGAGGGUCAUGCACAAGAUCUGGACAGUAUAGAGAGUCUUAAAUAAAGCACAGCUUCAAAAGGGAACUGUAGUUAAAAAAGAAGAAGAAGAAGAAGAAGUCUUCUUGAUUGGACUUGCAGCAGUAACUUAAAUGGCUUGUCCUCUCUUUCAGAAACACCCCUGCACAUUUCUUCUCCUGUGGGAGGAUAUAGCAGAGCAGGGUCUGUGUCUUCAGACCAUUUCAUUCAAGUCUUCCAUGGAAACAUGGCUAGUGGUUUAUAUUCCUGCCCAUUUUGUAUGGAUCAAUGAACAGGAACCUUUUUUACCUUAGAUAAAAGAAACACCACUAUUGGGUUCUGGCCUUUUGAGUUGUUUGUUAUCCUUACCUUGGGGCACUAAGGCAUGAGAACAGCCUAGUUCUCAAGGCAAAGCAAGCAAAAAGCAAAAAAGUUCUCAAAAAGCAAAGCAAGGCUUGAACUAUAUGAUCUUUGGAGGUCCCUUCCAGCCCAAACAAUUCUGAUUCUAUGACUACUGUAAAUUUUGCUUUCAUAAAAGAAACAAUUCUCCAAAAUUAUCCUGUAAUGAAGCCAAUCUCAGAAGUCUGGUAGCAGGAGUGAACAAUCACCCUCCAAAUGAGUGUGACUCUCUGCACAUGGUUUUAAUUAGGCCAAGACCAGCAGGCAGGAGAAGGAAGGGAUGAAAAAGAUGCACAUGUAGUAGACCUGGGCAGUGCUGCUUGCAGCUGCUUUAUGAUCUGUGUUCCACGUAUGCAGGCAAAAGCUACUUUACACAUUCUCCUCAAUCUUUUUAAAGACUGCUGCACCAGUAGACUGUAAUUUGCUGAGCUGGGAGUGCAAAGGAGGAGAGCUGCUGCAGGCUUUCAGACCAGGGGAAAAUCUUGAGGUAUGUGCUAAAAAAAAAAACAACUGCAGAAAUGGAAAUGCCUGAAAUCCCACAGGAAGCAUGUUAGUGCUGUGCCAGUGGGCUGCCCAGCCCCAGCAAGGUGGCUUUGCUGAAGGAGAGGACUCAGGAGAUCCUCACCCUCCUGAGGUGUCCAAGCCAGGGACACUGUGUAAUUGCUUUAUGCUGGUCCCAGAAGCCUGGCCUCCAGUGCUAAAGGGCCUUUCCUACCAUUUUUUCACACUAGGAUUUCCUGCAAAGUUUUACACUAGGGUUCCCUUAAUCCUAUUUACAAGAGGGUGAUUGUUCUGUGAGGUAAAACCCAUCAGGGAUGCUUUUACUGUCACUCCCUAGGUCCUUUUUUAUCAAUCCUCUCUAUCACAUCAGAGAGAAGAUCCAAUCCUGUAUCACUGCUGGGGACAGCAUACAACAUGAAGCUUGUUAUCCAGCCUUAUCCAGUUGAUAAGCAAACUCUCCAUAGACAUGUCCUCUCUUCCCUUUCCCUGGGAAAAACUGUUUUACCACCUCAUUGGUGUCUGCUCUUCUCUGUCCUGCCAUGAGUGUGGGACACUUCACACCCAAAGGCAGAGAAAGCUGUGACUCCUGUCUCCACAGCAGGUUUAUAAGAAAGCACAGAUGGUGAUGGAGCUGUGCUCAAAGUGCUGCUUCCCUUGGCUUUAAUUACCACAGGUAGUUAAGUAGGAUCUCUGAACAGAAAGUAAGGGGUAGGUAGGAAUGGAGGAGAAGAGGCUGUUGGGUAAUGCCAGUAGGAAAAAGUCUUGGAUCAUCAUUGCUUGCUUCAGCAUCCUUGGUGAUGAGUGCCUGGGAGACUGCCAGGAGAGCAACAGGGCAGGACUAAUUGCUGACGCUAACGAGUGCUGUAAAUCCCUGGCUUUCCUUAGUACAGCCAAGAAGGCUUUCCCCAGAAGGAAAGAGAGCAGGAGCAAUCUCAGAGGCCAUGGCAAGCAGGUAGUGACAAGCAGAGGUACAGGGAGGGUGGGUCAGUACUGGAGCCUAGUGGCUACAUCAGAAGCUGUGUAAGUCGUUUGCAAACCCAGGUGAUUUGCCAUUUUUACCUUCCCAGGUUUACUGCAAAGUGCCUGUAGCAAAUCCAGCUUUACGUGGAUUGCUGGCAGGCAGGUCACAUUGGAGCAGUUGUGGUUGAAGUUGCUUCUAAAUGUGCUCCCAGCCCAGCUAGAGAGAAUUAGAAUUUCUCUGCCGUUUCCUGUCAGUAGUCUAAAUUUAGUCUGCAAAGAACAGAAACAAAUUUGUGACCUGGGUCUCUCAGGAAAUGACAUUCAGAGUUGAAAAAUAAUUUUUAUAUAAGGUUGAGCAGGGGGAGCAUGAGAAGAAAAGGCUGUUAAACAGAAUAAGGUAACUCCCCUAUUAAAAUGUCAGAACAAAGCUUUGCAAUACCAGUUGCAAUGGGGUUGUAAACAUGCCCAAACUCGUCUUUACACAGCCCCAAGCACUGCUGCUCAGACUCAAAGGGAACCUGAACUGAUAAGUGGAUUGAAUCUUUUGUUCUUUGUUUUCUGUACUUGUAUGCCUGUUCUCUCUUACACCCAAACUGACCCUGAAGUAUUUGCAUGGGAUCUAGUUGAAGAGGAGCUGAAUCAAGUAAUUUAUGGAUUUAAUUCCACUGAAAGCAAAUUACUUGGCUUAUUUUUCCUACAUGCAAUAUGCUCAUUUUGACCUGAGCACCUUUAAAGUGCUCUGGUCUGUGCAUUUAGGCUGUGAGGGGACCCACUCAUACCUGUUGGGGGGAAAUGUUAUCUGUGAUUAUAACUGUGCUCCAGUCAACCUCAGAGUGGAGAUCUUCCUUGCAAACUGAAGGUACAGACAUGUCCCAUCAGAGGAGAGGUUGGUACAGUGUUUCUUUAGACCACACCUCUGCCAUGGUACAAGGAGGCCAUGAUGUGAGCACAUCAUUCCUUGGACUUCCCUGUCUCUCCUGGAUCAAAUCUUUGCCCACCAAAUACUAGCCUGCUAGUAAAAGCCCAUGCUCACAUUUCACAAAAUCAGGUUUAUUAGACAAUUCAGUUCCAUCAGCUACCAGCCAGUAAAAACGUCCUAAGACAUUUUAGUGUUGCCCAUGGGCAGUUCUGCCUUGACUGAAAUCUGGGUGGGUAAUCAUAGGAAGCAGCUUUAAAGGAUGGGAGUAGAAGUGAGAUUUUUGUGUUUUAAAGUGGAAAACAUUCUUUUAAAACCAAACUGCAUAUGGCACCUGAGUAACAAACACCUCUUUGACAAUGUCUGUGUGGGACAGCCUAAGGAAAGGUAAAUGGCCUAUCCUGGACCCUCAAUGCCAUCCUUGCCCUUUGCUAACCAAGUGAAUUCAACAGAUGAACUCCAAGUGCCUUCCACUGGUUUCCAACCACUCCCUGUGCCCUCAACUUGUGGUUUUAAUAUUUUAUUACAGACUCUGUCAAAGCAAUGGAAUUAAUGGUGGGUUGAUAGCAACCACUGAUCUACAGCAUAGCCUCAGGAGCCAUUUGCCUUUACAAAAUGUCUUGGUCUAAGGUUAUUGCUGUACAGGAGCUGAAUGUCUUCUAAGGGGAGGUGUUAGGUGUUCAAUGUUAAGCAGCCCCAGAAAAGAGUUUCUCUCCAAGUUGCUCUGUAUACAUGUAUAUACAGGGGUAUAAAGAUGUAGUUUAGCAAAAUGAUCCAAAAAUUUAUCCAGUAUUCAAGCAGCAGGAUUUGGUGUUUGUUCACCAGCCAUUUUUAAUGCAAAGUCUUUGGCAGUGCUCUCUCUGUGGUGAAGAAAUGAGGCAUUAGGCACCUGUAACAGCUUUGCUGCUGCUCAGUGAGGGGUUGGCUCUCAUAGGACCUUACCUGGUAAAACAGCUUUAUUUAUUACUUGUCUCUUUUUAGAAGGGGGGGGAGGGUCUGUGUGUAACAUGUUAGCUCAGGAGCAACACUGUACAGAGAUGAAUCUUGGCAGUGCAACCAAGAUGGGCAAUAACACCAGAACUCUCCAGAUUAAGGUCUUCUUUGAUUGACAAUGCUGUACUUAAACCGCUGCUUCUAUAGCAGGACACUGUUGAAUUUGUAUAGAUUUUCUCAUGCAGCUUUAUUUAUAAUAAAGGGAAUCUUGUACAAAAUCUAAA